CCGGGAUACUCCACUUCCUAGGCACCACUUCUGCGGAAAAGCUGCACACAGGAGGAGCCGCCACAUUCCAGCUCGUGUUUCUAACCUUCUAACUGAAGCCUCAAGAUGUCCACCAAGGAGAAACUGAUCACCCAUGUGAUGAAGGAGGAGCCCACUGGCACCAGGAACAAGGUGACAGUUGUGGGUGUCGGUAUGGUGGGCAUGGCCUCCGCCAUGAGCGUCCUGCUCAAGGACUUGUGCGAUGAGCUGGCUCUGGUUGAUGUGAUGGAGGACAAGUUGAAGGGUGAGGUCAUGGAUCUGCAGCACGGAUCCCUCUUCCUCAAGACACACAAGAUUGUGGGCGACAAAGACUACAGUGUGACAGCUCACUCCAAAGUGGUGGUGGUGACUGCUGGUGCCCGUCAGCAGGAGGGCGAGAGCCGUCUUAACCUGGUGCAGCGCAACGUUAACAUCUUCAAGUUCAUCAUCCCCAACAUCGUCAAGUACAGCCCCAACUGCAUCAUGCUGGUGGUCUCCAACCCAGUGGACAUCCUGACCUAUGUGGCUUGGAAGCUCAGUGGCCUGCCCCGUCACCGUGUCAUUGGCUCUGGCACCAACCUGGACUCCGCCCGUUUCCGUCACAUCAUGGGAGAGCAGCUCCACCUCCAUCCUUCCAGCUGCCACGGCUGGAUCAUUGGAGAGCACGGAGACUCCAGUGUGCCUGUGUGGAGUGGUGUAAAUGUUGCCGGAGUUUCUCUUCAGAGCCUCAACCCAAAAAUGGGGGCUGAGGGUGAUGCUGAGAACUGGAAGGCCGUACACAAGAAGGUGGUUGAUGGAGCCUAUGAUGUUAUCAAGCUGAAGGGCUACACUUCCUGGGCCAUUGGUAUGUCUGUGGCUGACCUGGUGGAAAGCAUCAUGAAAAACCUGCACAAAGUGCACCCAGUGUCUACACUGGUCAAGGGCAUGCAUGGAGUGAAGGAUGAUGUCUUCCUGAGCGUCCCCUGUGUCCUGGGCAACAGCGGUCUGACAGAUGUCAUUCACAUGACACUGAAGGCCGAUGAGGAGAAGCAGCUGCAGCAUAGCGCUGAGACCCUGUGGGGUGUACAGAAGGAGCUCACCCUGUAAAGAGCACUCCUCUGAAUUCCCCAGUCCGCUCUGAAACCACACAAAAUACUGUGUGGUUAACUCUCUCCUACUGUACCUUCUGUGUCCUUCGCAGCAACAGGCGAAUGAGACCACUUGAAUAUCUAAAAAGGCCAAGUGUUUGUAGCUAAACCAGUAGAAACUACACAUUACCUUCAGAUAUUCACAUAUGGGUGUCAUUUUCCUUUGCUGCCUCCCAUCCACUUCUCCUCCCUUCAUGACUGAAUUCUUGGAAACACAGCUCUUAACUUGAGCCUUUGAGCUCAGCCUGUGUUGGAGAGAAGUGGUAUGUAUCUGUUGUCUUGUCUUUCCAAAAAAUAUAAGGCCUCUACAUAUUGAGAGUAAAUACCCUGUACUGUUUGUCACCGUGUACUGUUGCUGCUUCUUCUGUACACUCCCUGUGCGUAGUUUGUAUUUAUUCUGUGAUUGUUGCCAGUUGGUUUUUUUCCACUUGGUAAUCUCUGUUUAUUUUAUUUUUUCGGAGUAUAAUGGAGACAUUCCAUUCUCUAUGAGGAGGGCUUCCUAUUCACCUAGAGUCACAACAACACUGCUGCAUAUCACUGGGCCAAACUCCUGUGAUACCAAAGUACCUUAUCAUUUGAGAAAAUCAAUGCUACACCUACUUUUUUGGCAGUGAAGCUUUUGUAAACAGACUUACUGGUAACCACAAGUGCACUGACAAAACUGUUUAAAAGGCAAGGUUAAAGGGGUUUGUAAUAAGGUGAUCUGCCACAAUUUCACAUAGCAAAGAGAUAACAGAGAGCCAAUGGAAAGAGUCAGCUUGGAUCAUGACAGUCGGGUUAUGAAUCGUAACAGAAGUUAACAAUGAAGGUGUUGUUCGCACAACCAAGACACCCUCAAAGGGUUUUGUAUUUAUUUUUCUCCACCUGACUCCUGAAAAAGGACAUCAAGCUCUGAGAAGAAAAUAUGGUAUUACUUAAAGCUGUUAAUACUGUUAAGAUAUAUUGAUGUCACAUCAGAAACGGUUUGUUAACCACCUGACUAACUAAGGCAUUGUACCUGUCAUGGCAUGUGGAUAUUUAUUUAUUUUUGCUGUAACAUCAAAUAAACCUGCCAGGAUAAUGAUACAAGA